UCAACAAUACACUCUCGCCACACAGCGCUCUGGGCACUGAAAUGACGCGUUUGUUCGACAAUACGGAUCGAAGUGGGCUGUCAAGGCUGUGGCUCUGUAGCGCGUCGCGUGAAAAUCGGUCGAAAGAAAAGUGUCUCUCGCGUGCGUGAAAAGCGUUUUCGUCGUGAUUGUCGCACAUUGGAGUGUGUUUUCCGUGCCGUGGUUCGUGCAUUCACAUUUCCACAGUGGCACAUAGGCAAAGGUGUGGGCCAUCGUUUCUGUGCAGCGCUCCAAAGUGCAGCGCGCGCGUUUGUAUGUGUGCGUUUUCCCACCCUUGCGCUCGUUCGUGUUCCUCGCGCUGAUUGCGUAAAGCCAGUGUGUGUAAGCCAAUUUGUCGAGCGUGAAGCGUCGAAUCUUUACCCUCUGUGUGCUUUGAUGAAAUGGUAGUAUCUCGAUGGAGCAGUAAAUCAGUGCGAACCCAGCGUCUUGUGGCUUCUGUGUACACGUGUGUUAAGUGAAAAGUGGAAAAACAGUGGAAAAACAACUGUGAAAAAAGAAAUUAACCAACGUUGUCUUUGUAAGGGCAAAGACACAGUGUGGAAAAUAUCGUGCGUGGAAUUUGGUGUGGUUCAGUGAGGCGAUUAUCAGGCAACUACUGCUCUAUAGCCGAUGGCAAUGCCUUCGUUCGGCAACCGUUAGAGUUUCGUCAACAAAGACAACAAGGCAGAAAAUAUGCGAAGAAAUGCUCAAAGGAUUAUUGUUGGUGAAUUUUAGCUGCUCUUAUAAGUUGAAGCUUUGCCACCGGAGAAUCUACAGCUAUUGACGAAGAUCAUGGAGGGUUCGGGCGACGGUUCCCCGCAAUCGUCGAUGUGCAUGGUGAAGGCGGCUGAGCUCUUCCCGAAGCCGAUCCUCGAGAAGGAGGAAGAAAAGCUCACCGUACGAUUUACCGAGCUUGCCGGUGAAUCCGUACGUUAUCUCGGCCAGACAGAUGAAGGCAUACUGGCACUGUCCAACUAUCGGCUGUUCCUGCAGAAGAACACCACCGGUGCCGAAGUGUCCGUCCCGCUUGGCCUGAUCGAAUCGACGCAAGUGCGUGACCUGUUCCAUCUGAUCGUGAACUGCAAGGAUGCUAGCACCGUACGAUGUUCGUUUGCAACGUCGGAGCAGUGCAGCGAAUGGCACCGGCGGAUAACGCUAUCGAUCGGUGUGCCCGAAACGCUGGAGGCCCUGUUCGCGUUCCCGUUUCACGCGUGGGCCUCUGAGUCGCCCACGCUCAACCAGGACAACGAAUGGGCCGGCCGUCUGCAGCGCGUCGGCUCGUUCGACGACGAGUUCCGGCGGGAGGCCGAACGGUUACAGUUCGAUCUGCAGGGUGCGUGGCGCAUCAGCCAGGCAAAUGCGGAGUUUAAGCUGUGCCCGUCGUACCCGCGGCUGCUGCUGGUGCCGGCCUGCAUCUCGGACGAUACGCUGCAGAAUGUGGCCAGCUUUCGCAGCUCGCGGCGCAUACCGGCGGUCGUGUGGCGCCAUCAGCGUACCGGCGCGGUCAUCGCGCGCUGCAGUCAGCCCGAGGUCGGGUGGCUCGGGUGGCGCAACUCGAAGGAUGAGCAGCUGCUGAAAGCGCUGUCCGAUGCGUGCUCGUUCGAUAGGGGCACGCAGGAUAAGGCCGGCGAUGGUACGCGACGGACGCGCACGCAAACCGACUGCUCGGAAGCGUCCAGCGACGGCAGCCCACCGCGCAGCCCCGAGGGCAGCCACGAGGAGGUGGAAAUGGACGAGCCGAAGAAGAUACUGAUCGUGGACGCACGCUCGUACACGUCCGCGGUCACGAACCGGGCCCGGGGCGGUGGCUGCGAAUGCGCCGAGUACUACCCGAGUGCGGAGAUACAGUUCAUGAGCCUCGGCAACAUACACGUAAUCAGGAAAAGCUUUCACGCGCUGCGACAGCUCUGCGCCUCGCAGGCGGACAUUCCAAAUUGGCUUGGAUUGCUGGAGCGAACGCUUUGGCUGCAGCAUCUGUCCGGCUUGCUGGCGGCCUCGAUGGUGGUGUGCCACGCGAUCGAGCGUAACGGUCGGCCGGUGCUGGUACACUGUUCCGAUGGGUGGGAUCGCACGCCGCAGAUCGUUGCCACGGCGCAGCUCUGUCUCGAUCCGUACUACCGCACGAUCGAGGGCUUCCGCGUGCUGGUCGAGCGGGAGUGGCUGAGCUUCGGGCAUAAGUUUGCCGAUCGGUGCGGCCACGGUCCGGGAUCGGACGAGACGAACGAGCGCUGUCCCGUGUUUCUGCAGUGGCUCGACUGCGUCCAUCAGAUUCAUCGCCAGUUUCCCUGCAGCUUUGAGUUUGAUAUGGGCUAUCUGAUCAAACUAGCGCAACAUUCGCACUCGUGCCUGUUUGGAACGUUCCUGUGCAACACGGUGAAGGAGCGGCAGGAAAACAGCGUCCCCGAUCGUACGUUCUCCGUGUGGCCUUUCCUAUCCGGUCCGAUCUACAAGAACCACCUGUACAUGCCGAACCGCGAACGCGUCCUGUGGCCGGCGCACAACGUGCGCGAUCUGCGCCUCUGGACGGAAGUGUACCUGGGCAGCUGGGGAGGCCACAAUCAACCGUCGGCCUCCGAGGUGGCCGACUAUCCAACGGCAAGCGUGCCGGCCGGCGGUGCGGAUGUCGUCGUACCCGGUGCGGUCGGUGUGAGAAGUAUCGGGCCCGGUGUGGUCGAAUCGACUGCUAGUAUCGCCGUCGGCAUUGGAUCGACCUCUGUGGAUGUUGUAGGCGAUGCGAUGGCCAGCUCAUCGCCGGCCAGCUGCAGCCCGGAGCAGAACGGAUCGAUGACGAAGACGCGCUCGUACAGCGAUAUCAAGGAGGCGACCUCAGGUGGCGUCAUGGCGCGUCGCUCUAGCGAUCCAAGCAUGACCCUAGAUCCAAGCAUUAUCAAUAGAACGGGCGGUCCAGCGACGCUCAACCUCUCGCAGGAGGAAAGUUCAAUCGACUCCAACCUCUCGUCCGACCGCGAGACCUCGCCCGAUCUGCCCUCCAUCGACGGUCGCCUGUUGCAUCGUGGAGUAUCGGCCAGUUCCUUUAUACAGCACGCCACCGAAAAGCUGCAAAGCCUCACGCAGGAGCUGAACCAAUCGGACGAAGAGCUGGAGCAAGCCAUCAAGAACCAGCGCAACCUACUGGCAGCUGGGCGCAGUCCCGCGCGCUGCCCUGUCGACACGAACGGCGACGCCGGGACACCGGGCAACCCUCUCUCUUCCUCAACCUCCUCUAGUCUCUACCCUAACGGAAGCAUUGGUGGCGUCAACAGCUUAGCGGCCGCCGCAGCAGCCACACUAAUUCCAACCGCCACCACAAAUGUUCGACCCUCCUUUACGACCACCAGCAUCAGCAAUGGUACGACGACGCUGCAGCAGCAGCACGCUGGUAGCGAAGCAGGACACCCUUACCGCUUUCAACCCAUCGUUCCGGAACUGCCAACGACGACGACGACGGAUGUGUCGCGAUGCUCGCCCAAGCUCGAGUGCCGGGAGUCGAGCAGCAGUCCAACGGCCAGGCAGCAGCAAAACGUUGUACUAUGGCCGGCAACGAUCGACGAAAAUACGGCACGCAUUAUCAAAAUCGAGUCGUACCACUCGUCCACGGUCGGUGGAAACAAGGACGUGCUGGACGGUGGUGGUGGCGGCGGCGGCGGCGGUGGCGGUUUCGUGCACGGCUCUAACCGUACCGUCAUCGGGCGACCCGUCAUGGCCGGCGACGACAUGAUGAUGGAAAGCGUCGAUCUGACCAUCGGUGGAUCCGACGACGGCAGCUUCGCUGGUGACAAAACACACUCUGCCUCGCCAAACCGCCUAGAAUCGCCCGGUCUGAACGAGAGCUCGCUUAGUCCCAAUCUGUGGCACGGAUCGAUAGAAACCAGUACGGACACACUGGUGCCGGUCGAUCAAUAUCCUCCACCGUUGGGACCGAUCGAUACAAGCGCUUUAAGCACGCACCACGAGCCAAAUCUGUUGCCUACCUCUCAUUCGUUAGCGGGAGGCAAGGCGACGGAAGGCACCGGUACGGAAGAUGGCGGUGACGCGGCCCGGGACGUACGUGAGCGACGGAAGUCAACGCUAUCAACGCAAGAGCGGGAGGGAAGUCACUGCGGUGUCAUCGGUGGCGGUAGUAUUAGUUUAGCCGUAGGAAACAGUGAUAGCAGUCAGCUGAGCCUUGUUAAUGGUAAAGGAUCGGAAGCGACGUCGGCGCCAAGCGACAACGCAGGCGGGGCCGGGGUCACGGGCGAUAGCUGUGCCGCCAAAGCUCAGACUGGUGAUAGUAAUGGAUGUGAUUUUACUAGUGAUAGUCAUGAUUACGAUAGGAAAUUAUCAAAUCAAUCAACGCUGGCGUUGACCGGCGAUACGCUACCAAAAGAUCAACCUGAUUAUGGCAACCAGCAGCAGCAGCAUCCUCAGGACUCUACGUUGGGAAAUGAUCGUGGAGGAGGAGAAGGUGUAGGAAGUCGAUCAGUUCCGCCAUCAACCUUCGCCCAGAACAGCAAUGCCAGCAACUGCAGUAGCGUUAGCUACAAUAAACUAAAAGCAAACAGUGGCGUGUCGACGACGACUGUACCCCCGCCGCUGUCCGGGACGGGACAAACCACCACUAACAGCAACCUGCUCACCUCGAUGAUGCUGAUGGACGAAAGCAUCAUCAUCCAGCCACAGUUCCAGCAGCUUGAAAUCAAUGGCAAACAGCCGCCGAACGACGGUGGCGGUGCUGCUGCUGCUGCGGGCGGCGGAUACCCUCCAUUAAUGCCACAGCGACGAAGAAGAAACUCGUCCAACUCGAAGCACGACCUGAUGAGUCCCUGCAAACCAACCAAUGGAAGUUUAUCCCCAAGUGCCACACAUUCCCGGUUCUCGACGCCGGGCGCCCGGUCACUGCCACUAACACCACCGAGUGUACCGUACGCGUCGGAUAGGCCACCGGUAGCGACCUUCUCCUGUCCGGACGGGUUGGCCCACGCCCUCUCCGAGCAGAACCUACGCCUCCAGCAGAUCGUCUACGAACACCGGCUGCGCGAGGAAGCGUUACAGCGCGAGCUGUACGCGACGCGGUUAGCAUUGCUGAAGAAAACCUGCCAGAACUGUUGUAGCAGCAGCGCCCAGCCACAGUACGGCAAUGACGAUCCGGUGCCGGUGAGCAUUUCCAUUACCAGUGUUGCCGCUUUCACUACUACCGCAACUGCCACGUCCGCGAUAGGAGACCGCCGCGUCGCCAUGGUCGACGGCACACGCAGCAACCACAGUACCGACAACAGCCAACGCGCCGGAAGUGAUAGUAUGGGCACUAUCACCUCCAUUAGUACCACUGCCACCACGACCGUCACGGCCACCACUGCUGAAGGUGUCGUCACUGGCAUGUCCGCAGCCGCAGCGUCCUGGUUGGGAGCUUCCGUCUGCGGUCUGCUGUCCGAGGCGGCCCCAGAACCAGACAGCGGUAACAAUAUUUUGCUGUUUUCCGAUGAGGAGAACGAAGUAGAAAAGGACAAGGAGAAAGAGGGCAUGUCUGGUAGUAGCGUAACGGCCGCGAAGGAACGUUGCCUGUAUGAAGCCGUACUGAAACACAAUCAUCGGUUGGCGCACAACGUGCGAAUGUGGCGUACCGUGCGCCAGUUCCUGGAGCGUACAAGACAGAAGCGAAUGGUCGUCUGUCCUUCGUCGGUGGUUCUAGCGAGGGAAGCGUUCAAGCAUCCGUCCGAGUCCUUCUCCCUGGAGGAUCCCAUUAGCGAGUACUACGCCGAUAGUAGUGAUGUUGAGGGCGAAAGCGAGUGUAGUAGCAGUCGUAUCUUGGAGGAAACAGCUAGCCAAGUUGACAUGAGAGGCCGGAAAGGCACAAACAGCAGCCCGCUUGAUGGGACUACUACUAUCAUCAUCCAUGAUUCCGAAGAUGAAAAAGAUCUUGACAUUAUACUUAGUGGCAGUGGUGGUGGUGGUGUUGGUGGUGGUGGUGGUGGUGAUGAAGGUGGCAGUGAUGAAGAGGAUGACGAUGAUGAAGAGGAUGAUGUUGAGAAUGAUGAUCCGGAACUAUCCUCCCAACUGAUGGUAGAUUCGAUGAACGAAAACGCGUCCAACUGCUCGUGGGAAGCGGUCGAUGACCGUAGCGCACCGUCGUCGGGCGCCAACUCCUCGCAGCAGAUGCAGUACAGCAGCAGCGGCGUCGGGGGCAGCACCAGCGUGCUGUGGGUGCCGGACCACGCGGUCACCCGGUGCACCACGUGCCAGACGGUGUUUUGGAUCGGGCUGCGCAAGCAUCACUGUCGCUCGUGCGGCCAGAUCUUUUGUGCGGAGUGUUCCGACUAUACGGCCCACCUGCCCGAGGAGCGGCUGUACCAACCGGUUCGACUGUGUGGCCCCUGCUACCAGCGGAUCUCAUCCAUGACGGUUCCUGCUACCAGUUCCGUUUCCACCACCGGUGGCAGCAGUAGUACGAUGGUGUCCUCCGCCGUCAGCAACAGUGCCGUAGCAACCGGCCCGGCAGUGAACAACGGCACCAGCAACAACAACAACGCACUGAGCGAAGAAGGCGGUAACGGGUCGUUUCUGCAGCACCGAACGAACGUGACGGCGGCCGCGGCAGCCAGCAUGAUGAUGCGCGAUCGGAUCACCAGCAUGAGCCAGAUCCAGUCGUUGCUGGCGACCGAAUGCAGCUCGGAAGCAUCGCGCGCUAGUGAGAGCUGCUGCAAGCAGAAUGUUACCGCCGCGACGAACUAAUUUGCAUUCUUCCCGUGUCGAAUCUGACCUGCGUGUCUCCCUCCCCACCCAGAAGGGGAGUGUACGUGUGUGUGUGUGUGUUUUUUUAUUAGGAGCAGGGGAUGGAUUAAAGAAGAAGUAGGAAGCGUUUAAAAAAAUGGUGACGAGUGCCAACCUCUGACUCACACACACACACAUUUAUUGUUACUUUUUGUAUAAUCACAACAAUUACCGCCACCUCGUUUGUUUUAUCAUAUAUGCUUUCCAUGUUUUGUACACAUCAUCACACACGUAGACAGACGCACUUAUCUUACAUCUAAUAACUUAUCAUACGGUUUUACCUGUUUGUUUGACUUGUUUUACAGCUUCUUUACACGGUCGUCGGAUAAGUGUUAGUCACUUUUUUCCUUAAGUUAAUAAUUGUUCCCCUUAUUUAAACGUCGAACAACAACCUGCCUUGCUGCAUCCGUUUGUUAGGCUAUUUCAAAGAAUGUGUUUACCAAGCAGCGUGCGUGGAGUUUUUUUUUCUUCGAAAAGCGGGAUUAAUGCUUUGUGAUUGAUUUGUGACCUUUCUAUUACUCUAAACAAAACAAAAACGCGAAGACGUAAGGGAAUAAGGGAGAGAAGAGAGAGAGAGAGAAAAACAUAUAAAUAAUCAAACGGAAGAAUUAGGUUUGGUAGGGUGUAAAAGGGGGAAAAGGGGCGUGAAGCAAAACGGUGUAAGGAAAAUCAAUGCUAUAUAUCUUAUUGUAAAAUAUACAUAUAAUGAACAUUUCUAUCUGCGAUAGAGGUGUGGGUGGGAAAAAAACAAUUGGACUGGAGGAGGAGGAGGAGGGAGGGAGCGGUGGUAGUGUAGUAGCGGACUGAGACACGAGCGAAGAUGGAAUGAGAAAUCGGAUUCAUCACACCAUUUAGAGAGACUUGUGUUGAUUCGGAAGCAACCAAUAUAAAAUAGAAAUGAAAAAUGUAGUUUCACUGAUUCACGAUGCCCAAGCAUGAGACUCUAAGCCGCCCACUCCCAAGCCAAGCCAAGCCAAGCAAAGCCUCUAGGAAAAGAAAAGUUAGGCAGUUAGAGAAGCAAUUAAUACGGACAUUGAUGAAACAUUGGCUCCUUAUGCUCCGAAAUACGGUAGAAAAGUUUAUCAGCAACACAAGCAUACAUACAUAUUAUCUAUAAACGCCCUCAACAAUAAUGAAAAUCCGCAUGGCAAAAGCAACACAAAGUGUAUGGAAAAUACGAUUCGAUCGAGCAAGAACAUAUAUAUAAAGAGAAAGAGAGAAAGAGAGAGAGCAGAAGAACAAUAUACACAAAUAAUUAAUUAAGCAUUAAGCAAUGCAAACCAUUUAAGAAAGAUUAUAUGUAUACAUGUAUAUGAAGACAAGCAUAGCUAACAAAACAAAGGGUAGAUGUAAACAUUUGCAACCACAAUAACAAAACAAAAGAAGCAAAACGGCAUACGAAAGGGGAAAAAUGCAACACAGGACAUCGGAAGAGAGUAGAGAUUUUAAAAACCAUAACAAUGCAAACUCUGCAGCGCUGCACGUGGGGACACGCGCGCCCCCGCAUCCUUGCAGCAUGAGAGGAAGAGAGCAGAACGAAUGCAUUCGUAGUGAAAGCGUGGUGGUGUAGUGUGUAGUGUGUAGCUGACUAAAAUCUAACCUCAAACGAAAGUGGACUAGGAGCGGGCAGACAGAAGCUUAAAUAGCCAGUAGCAGCAACGAUGAGGCGCGAUGCCCGUCCUCCCCCACACUCACACUCUAUUGCGCACGCAAUGUGGAGGCUACGCACACGCAAACACACAUCACUUUGCUUCCCUCGUCGGAGAGUGAGAAUUGUUCAGCCGGUUUGGUUUUGUUUCAGUUUCCGGUUAAUUUUACCCACCAACCAACCAGCAAAUGUGUAAUCUCGCGACAUUGAUGUAUCCGUAUCAUUUUAGUAUACACUACUACCCACCAGCCAAACUAACCAACUCAUGCAAUUGUUCAGACAGUAAAAUACUAAAAUUCAUCACUAUACUUCCCCACACAAGCAACGGCAUCACUGAGGAGAGAAAGAGAGAGAGAGUCUACCUAAAAAACUAGCGGCGCAGCGUAAAUUGUAGUACCUAUCGUAUGUGCAAACAAAAACAGAAUAUUGAAAUACAAACUGCAAACGAAUAAUUAUAUGCGAUGUCGCUGAA